UUGGACCAGCCUCACCCAGGCAUCUCCUCUGGAACUUAUGAUGCUGCCACAAUUCCAACUACCCCAACCGCUUUGUCCACCCCUUCUUCCUCCCCUGCACCUGUCCCCUCUUCAAAGCCAGGAGACAGUGUCAGCAGAACUGUACAGCUUCAAAGUCCACAAUAUGUUGUAUACACAGACACAGAGCUGGAGCAGUCAAGAACCACCUUUUUUGAAAAACAGCGUGCUGGAGAAGAAGGAGACUUUACACUCUCCAAAGAGCUUCGCUGUCGCAUAAUAAGGAACACAGUAACAAGCAUGAUUGCCAUCAAGAGAGCUGCAGGGGAUGACUUCCGAUAUCCGUGCAGCCGUGAGCUAACUGUGAUGGCUCAGCGUCUCAUUGUGUACUACCCAAUGCUGCGGGACAGGUCUGCAGCCAGUGGAGCUGAGUGGGAAUCUGUGAAGAAACAGCUUUUGAAAAGGGUCCAAAAUGUGACAACCCCCAAAAAGAAGCAGGGAGCAACUCCUUCAAGAAAGAGGCGACUGGCCAUUAGCUUUGAGAGCAGCAGCCAUGGGUCACCCACUGAUGACAGCGGGUCCAAUGCUUCAACUUCGAUCUUGGAAAGAUCAUCGUCUGGAUGCACUUCCCCGGAGGCUGAACAGGUGGAUGGUAAGCGCACAUACUGAGAUUGUGUUUUUGUAUUAAAACUACUACAAAUAUUGAAAAGGGGGAGUGCCUUUAUUGUAUUAAUCAUUAAUCAUCAAGAUUAUCUUUUCAUGGUAACAGCUGUAGCUCAGUCUGGUUCUGGUGGUUCAACUGGAAAGAGCAGAGAGAGAGAGAGAGAGAGAGAACGCUCCUGCCGACCUAAGACUUCAGACUCGUAACUGUUACUUUACUGGAAUAAGCUAAAGAAAUACUGUAUUUUGUUAUCAAUAAACAUCUACUCCAUGUGGAGUUGAGUUGUGAGAAAGUGUGUUGGGUUAUUGCAGAUGUACUGUCACAUUUCUUUUUAGAAGUCAUUUAUAUUUAUACAUGAUUUACUUUUAGAUACAAACAUUGAAAGGAUUGCUAAUAUAACCAUUAAUCUAAAAGUAAGUAACUUUGAAUAUUUGUAUGUUUCUUCAAACUGCAAUGGUAGAAACCAAAACAGUAAUUGUAAUUUCAUUUCAACAAUAGGUCCUGAAACUACUGACAGCCCACAGAACCAGGCCAGACACUACAAAGUUCUGCAAGAGCUAUACAAAUCCAGGCCCAGGCCCAACAAGAAGGAUGUUGUCCAGCUGCUGGACCUUGAAUACCAAGCAAGACGGGCUUACAUUGACUCUGAUGUUAUGAAGGAGCACGACAGACCUACCAAGAUUCUUCAAGCAUAUCCCUGCUUCAGAGAAGUGGAUCAUAUAAUGGAUGAACUGCAGCGGAUCCUCAAUCAAGGAAACCCCCACUUCAUAUCUGAACUGAAGAACCGCUGGAGGACCUUUUGUGAGAAGAUCCAGUUUUAUGGAGUUUUCAAAAAAGUCAUGAGACCUCCACUGGCAGAUAAAGUAAAGCAAGCGGUUGCGAUGAUGAAGGCUUUGCCAGACAUCUUCCCAUCACCCACUGUUCCACCCAAGAAGUUGGGGCAUGCAAGUGAGGCCAUGCUUCACAUCCUUGAGUCUGUGGAAGACCCCAACACCUUUCUGAAUGCAAGACCACUCUCCAGCCCUGUGGUGAUCGUCUGUGAGAGCAACUGCAUUCUGGCCAUCGGAACCAUGCCUGUGCUGAUCUUCCCAAAGGAGGACAUCUCUGACAGUGCGAUGUACAUCAUGGCAUGCUACUACACCUUUCACCUCACAUACCCCAAGUGCUUAGCCACACUCCUCUCUGUGCUGCAGACAGAAGUCCUCAUGGAUGCCAUCCAUGACCAAGACAUGACUUCUUCAUAUAAAAAAGCUAUGGCUGAGUGGAGGAAGUUCACUGAGUAGGUUUGUACAUUGACCUCCAGUUCCAGUAAGUGUUGGAUGAGCCGGUUUGUUCAGGUCUCAGCGGUCUCUGCGUUUGUUCAGGUCUCCUAAUACUCUUUCACAGCACUUUCUUGUGUAGAAUGUUUUUGAUACAGUUUACAUAGCUGUUUUCACACUGUUUAUUCAGCCUUUCGAUGACCAGUAAGUGUAAUGUUUUACUUGCACCUUA